AUGGAGACCGACAGCGCUUCGACUUUCAAUGCAAAGCCGCCCCCAUUGAAUUCCGAUCAGUUAAACUAUCUCAUAUGGAGGUAUCUUCAAGAAUCCGGCUAUGCCGACGCCGCUGUCAAACUACAGCGCGAUUGGAAAGUUGACGCAGAGAACCUCUCGUUCGCAAAGAACAUCAAAGGCCAUGCCCUUGUUCAUUUGGUCCAAAAGGGACUUCGGUACCACCACCUGUCACUGACCAUCGAUGAGAAUGGCCGACCCUCGAAACAACUCAACCCGACCAUGUUUUUCUUUGGCCCAGAAAGCAACGAGCCACCGCCAGAGCUACGUGAGGAGUCGAUACCAGCCCCAUCACCCGCCCCGUCAAGUAGUACCGCUCGGAAAGGAGGGCGAGAAAGUGUCCCCAAUGGCCUUACUGAAAAUGUAGCUCACUCGGCACCAAAGCGAAGCCGAAAGCCAGCACCCGGCUCGGAGCGCAAUGGAAGCGUUGCGCGCAAACCUUCUGGAACUACUCAACCGACUGGACCAGAUGUUGACAUGGUGAAUGGUCAUCCAGCCUCAAUUGCUGAUGCCAGGUCGCCGUCAGCUACCGAAGGGGGCCCCGACGAGAGUGGCACUCUGGCCAAUGGUGAUCGAAUGGAACUGGACGAGGAGUCAUUGAUCGCGGACAAUCAACACCAUGAUGCCAACACCGAACCUGUAGCGCCGCUUAUACAUACGCUGACCAACGGAGCGAGCAUAGGAGUCCAAGUUGCACCUGCCAAAGUAGCAAAUCUAACGCCAUCAACCACCUAUCUCUCAACGCAGGAAAAUGGGUCUAUGGCGAUCACGAAACCCUUGACGAGAGUGGCUUGGCGGGCAGCAGACAGCAACGUGAUGACCGCUAUCGGAGAUGACUUUUGUGGCAUCUGGAACCUGAGCAAUCCUCCUUUCGGGCCCAAGCACCAACCUCCCUUUCAAGAGCUCAUGGAAUCGUCAGAUUCAACCAUCGUCAGCGCUGUUGCGUGGGAGCCAAACGGAGAGAUGCUCGCGAUCGCAACGUACAGUAACCAAGCAGGCCAGAUACACCUGUUUGAUGGACAAGAGCUUGCUCUUAUGGAGACCUUACCAGCCUCACAACGGGCCAUCACCUCACUGCGGUGGCAAAGCCAGGGUUUACGUCUACUCGGAAUUGCACCGUACGAAUCAGAGUCCUCGGACUCACCACAGCACGCUGGCUCCUCAAUCUUGCUCUGGGAUCUGUCCCGAUCUCCCAACUUUACUGGGCCCUUGUCAGUAUCGGUGCCAGAAGUACUCGUCGAUAUGGAUUGCGCAUUGCUCGACGGUAAUGGUGUCGUAUGCGCAACAGGCCAGCGCGCAGUAUAUCUUUGUCACGCCUUUACGGAUCUGGUGCUGCAACAGAAGUGGAGCUCGGAUGCUGCUGAGAACGAGUCAUGGACGUUUGUCAGAUGCGCCUGGCAUGAAUCUUCGGUAGCGACGCUGGUAGCCGCCUCUGCCGAGACGGGAUCUAUAUGGCUGCCGGUCCAGAAUCUAAUCAAGAAAAGUGCGCACGAGGCAGCCAUCACAGGUCUAGAGAUUCGACCUCGACUAGGCAGUGCCACCCCGUCCUUGAAACAAGAUUUUGCCACUUCAUCCAUGGACGGCACCAUCAAGGUGUGGAGGUGGGACCAAGAAAGCAACUAUAUCAUGUCAAUCUGCAAGCUCAUCAUAGGCUAUGCUUCGCCUGUUAUGGCAUUGUCCUAUUCUCCGGAUGGUUUCUGCCUGGCGGGCGCAAGUUAUGAUACGAUUCGCAUCUGGAAUGCCGAACAUGCAUACAAUCACAUGGCAACGUGGAAAGGAGAAGCAGAAACAUGGGGUGGCGGUCGACUUAGAGACGACGACAUGGUCAGCCUUGGUGGUGCCUCGAGUAUUAAUGGCGAAACAAUUCAGGCCAACACUGACCAUUCGUUGAGUUGGGACGUUGACAGCAAAAAGCUUGCAUUCGGACUUGGUGCUCAGGUGAGGCUCUAUCCGAUCUGUUUUAUCCCAAGAUCCAGUUCUGACACUCCCAGGUUGCUGUUAUAA